AGAGCAUCGUGGCCCUGGGCCGGAGCGGUGCUGGCAAGACCACCUGCUGCGAGCAGGUCCUGGAGCACCUGGUGGGGAUGGCAGGCGGUGUGGAUGGCAGGGUCUCGGGUACAGUGGUCUCCAGUGGAGAAGAUUCGAGCCACCUUCACUGUCCUCCGGGCCUUUGGCUCCGUGUUCACCGGCCACAGCCGCCGUGCCACCCGGUUCUCCAUGGUGAUGUCACUGGACUUCAACGCCACAGGCCGAGUCACGGCCGCCCAGCUCCAGACGAUGCUGUUGGAGAAGAGCCACGUGGCCCGGCAGCUGGAAGAAGGCAAUUUCGAGGUUUUCUCCCAGAUGCUAGCCGGAUUGGACCUGGAUCUCAGGACAGAACUGUACCUGCACCAGCUGGCAGACAGCAGCUCCUUCGGCAUGGGCGUAUGGCCUAAGGAAACAGGUAAAACAAGAAAUAAAAGUGUUGAGUGCUACCACCUGGAACAGAGACCACCCACCCCAAACUUGGUCAAUGGAUGACCACCAAUCAAGACACCUAAUAAAGGAAGAGCUGUGGUCACAUGGACUCACAGGGAGGAGGAUCUCCGGCUAAAAGUUUCAGUGUUUCAGGAGAGUGCGGCUGCUUUGAGAUGACAGAUGCCCCCAAGAGGCAUAUGUGCUCUAUUUUGUGACACUGAGUCAGUUACUAAGCCUGUAUGUCAAUAUCAGCACCAUGAGGAAGAGGAGCCUCUGGAAAAUGCACCCCAAUUCAUUAUAGUCACCAGAGUGUGUACUCUGUGCAGCCAUAAGGUUAACCAAAAGUAAAGCAAGCAUUUAUUAACAAAUACCCACAUCAUUCAUUCAGUCCACAAACAUUACUGAGUGGCUUAGACAGUCCAGGCACAGGAAAUGCCAAAAUGAAUGAAAUCUCAACACAAAGAACUGACAAUGGACACUUUUAAGAAAACCAGAAAAUCCCCUUGACUUGGAAUUAUCUGCUUUCCCCACUGGCCUGAGGCUGGAGCCUAGGUCCCUCCCUUUGGCGUUAGUACUGCCAUGUCCAGGCCCCUCCUUCAAAGAGCAAACACCCAGGACAGGGACCCCAUCAAGCUCACAUCCUCAGCUUCAACGUGUUCAUCAGUUUAUCAGAUUGAUCUUUCCUGUGCCAGGAAAACCUUGACAGGGAUAUCAUGAGGAGGGGGGAGUUUUUUCUUUAAAAAAAAAAAUGAAGGGGGAAGUUAGAUAGGGAAAGUGGUAGGAACCAGGGAGACCACAACUCUUAAAAUAAUAUUCAAGGAUCACAAACAAUGUUGACGUGCUGAAUCUACCUGAGACAAACUUGCAUCAUACAUCACAGGGCUUCUGUUUCUUAGUCUGCCUUUUCCUAGACAUCAGACUGAGUGGAAUUUCCUUCUGCAGCUCCGAUAUGUACAGAUGACUGUAUCACACUGGCCUCAAAUACAUAAGUUAACAGCAAAACAGCAAUUUUUCUCUAGCUAGCCUGUAAUUACAAAUGUACACAUUUAUCGACUGGGCAAAAUUUACAACUAGCUGGUGUGCCUUCAACACUGCAGAACGGGAUUAAAAGGAGACAGAAUAAAGAUCCCAGCCUUCCCAAGCACAGCCUGCAGCAGAAGGCAGGACUCAGGCAAAAUAUGCAUGGCAGAAGAUGGCCACAGUCAGCAGGAUAAUGCCAUUGAUGUUCACUAUCGUCCGCCACAAAGGCUUCUCCGAGGUGUCUGUCAUCUUCAGCUUAAUGGCUGCCUCCUCUUCCUUUGUCAUUUUGGGGCCCUUCUGCUGGUCCAGACCACAAAACAGGUCAUAGGCCCGCCUGAAGCAUCCUUUUUUCUCCUCAGGAACUUCUGUGUCAGGGGAAAGGCAUAAAAGGAUUGUUGGAUACAGAAGCAGGAGGCCCCAGAAAAGGUUUCCAGGGGAGAUGCCAUUCCAUGAAAGAUCUGCCAUUUUGCAGACAUUUCCCAGUUUUCUUGUUUGCAGGAAUGAAAAUGGUACAAAUUUAUGUUUGUAUAAACAUAAUUAUAAGAUGAUGUUAAUAGAUGGAUUCUACAUCCUUAUGAUCAGCUUGCCUACGUUUUAUCUCUGUUGGGCGCAAUGUAAAUACAUUUUGAUUUAGAACAGUCAGAAUCAAACAGGAAAUAAUAGUUUAUGAGAGAGAAAUGUUAACAAUUGGCUGGGGACUGUGACGUAUGAAGAACAUGGAAAACCCACCUCCCAAACACAGAAACUCAUGUCUGUUUGCUAUAUCACUGAAAAGCAAUGAGAUUGGCAUGACUCAGGAGUGCACUGGCUACACCUGGAAACUCCAAGGCUUCACAACAGAUCCAGCCAUGUGGUAAGGAUUGGUCUGAAUAGUCCCUGAUACAAGGCAGCAGUGAUCAACAUUUCCAGGGCUUAAGAUCUGAUACUGCUGAGUCGAACCAUUCAACCGACCUUGCCAUUCAAAGUGGAUGCCCACCAAGGGAACUAAUUCUGUCCUCUGAGCCCAGGUGUGGCAUUAGAGGUAGGCAGACCUGGGUUAGAAUCUCAGGUUUGUGACUCACUAGAUACAAAAUCAAGCCCACUGUGUUUUCAGCACCAUGGUCAGGGACCACUGUUCUCCACUUUCCCAGUUCUAAGAAUCACAGACUUACUGAAUUGGAAAGAACCUCAGUGGUCAAGCACAUAUAUGUGUCAGAACUGGAACCAAAACCCAGCUUUAUGGCCUUCUUUUUUUUUUUUUUUUUUUUGCUUUUUUUUUGAAUUUUUGAAUUUUAUUUUAUUUUUUUAUACAGCAGGUUCUUAUUAGUUAUCCAUUUUAUACAUAUUAGUGUAUAUAUGUCAAUCCACUUUAUGGCCGUCUUAAUUCACCUCUCAUAUUCAAGUAUAUGUAAAGUUGGAUAAAUAACACCUUCUUCAUUAAUAAGAUUUCCUGAGAGAGUGCCCAGUGUGUAGUAGGGGUUAAGAAGUGUUAGUCCCCUUCCAUUCCCUCUCUUUUCUCUCACACACAUAAAAAAGAUAGACAAACCUCCUUGUACCCCUCCAUUUCAGUAAACUCUACCAAAAUAGGAGAAUGGGGAGGGAGUAGCAAGGAGUUGGGCUCACUAACCAGCCCAAGUGAGAAAUGCCUGGUUAUCUCGGUCAAUAAAAAGUUGGGUGGCCUUGACAAA